AUGCCACGAGCUAGACAUGCCAGCGAUCAAGAGGCAGUCUAUAAUGCCGCCCGUCCCGAGCGCAACACGUUGGUGAAACGAAGACCAAGGGUUGCAGCGCAUGUUCCGCUAAUUGCCGCUCGACCGACUGCAAAUCCAAGCGCCGUCGCGGGCGCAGCAGGCAUCACUUCAAGCGCCUCGAUUGUGCCGACCGCAAUUGCUGCGGCCAACAAUUGUCUACCAUGUCGAAAUUUGAGAGUGUUGACAGCGAUCCAACUUGAAUUCGCGACGAACGCGCAGACCAUCUGUUGCUGCACGCACUGCAGUCGACUUGCCACAGUCCCAGCAUCGUUCUCCAUGGUAAAAUCGGGCGAGGCCCCUCGGCAUAAUGAAGUACCACUACCGAUUACAAGCAAUUCUCCAAUCGUGCGCGAUAUGCUCGUGGUCGACCUUCGUGGUUGUUCCUCUUCCAAGGCAGAGCAGCAUCGCCAUGAUGCGCAGGCCGUGGAGCCUCCUCUGUCUUAUUCUCCUGCAUAUCGCACAGGCACGCCAAUUAUUUCAAGCUCAGUGGAUGUUGGGCUAGGAAGCGAUGUCAAUGUGUCAUCUUCUGGCACAGCAAGAUCCCGUCUGGGAAUGCAGGUUCAAGAUGUCCAGCCUGUGGUAGCACCAGGGAAGGACACACCACUUUCCACUGUUUCCAAUGACCCACAAGCAUCCCAAUCGCUUAAACGCCGCGCUACUGCCCUAUCAAAGCCUUCUACGGCAUCUGCGAGCCCAAAUGAACCUCCUAAAAAGCUGCAGAGAACGGGGAGGGCCAAAUCUUCUGGUACCUUCACAUGCCUUCAGUCUCCACCGAAUGCAGAUUCGUCGAAUGUGGGGGCUGUCGCCAUCAAUGAACAUGCUCUUCCGGCAACAAAAGCACUGCCCAAUAUUCAUGUCAACGGCGAGACUGUUAGGAAAAACACGAGCCAAGAGGAGUUGUCUCAUGCCAGUCAUGAUAGACAGCAGAUAGCGAGACUUGAGGAUGCACUCGAACAGACGCAAGAAAGGCUGGCUAGUAUCUUGUAUGAGCAAAGCAAGAAAACUCAAGCUGAUAUGGAGCAAUUUGAGAGCCGCCUAUCAAGAUCAUAUCAACUACAGCUGGAAGAGAAGGAAGCUAGAUUGGAAGCACGAUACCAAGCAUAUCAAACACGUGAAACAAGCAAGGGUGUUCAAGAGGAUGCAUCCACGCAGCUGUCACUCAAGCGACUGACGGCGACAACGGAAGGCCUUGUCCAAGAGCUCGCAACAUACAAGAUGCAUGUUUCAAACCACAGCGAACUAGGAAGGAAGCUUGAUCUAAAGCUUCAGGCAGUCACGACGAGAACUUCAGAUGCCUCUUUGCAGCGCUUCUUCUCAGAUUGUGCGGCAAAAUCAUUGACGUUGCUGAAAGAGUCACAAACAGAAGCGCUCGAACAACGACUGAAGCGCAUUCAACAGGAACUUGCUCGACGCAUUGACCAGACAGAAAUCAGUCUGCGUGACUUUUGCAAAGGCCUGUCACACGAACUGCAAGAGCAGCCAAAUGUGGAUUCAAACACGGAUGGUUAUAUACUGAAUGUGAACGCUGCUUCGGCAGUGAACCAGAUCAUUACGGCGGAACUAGCCAAACUGAUUCUCCGCGUCGAGUCGGUUGCCACAGAGGCACAAGCGUCACUGGAUGCUACGAGCAAGCACGACAAUUGGAUCAAGAAUAUGUCAAAAAGUAUCGCCUCACACCAACAGACACUCCACGCAUUGAAGAGGCACACGAAGAACCAUCACAAUUUCUUGACUGAGCUGUCAAGGAAGAACAAGACCGCUUAG